UAUAUCAUUUUUAAAUUUAUUUAAUUUUAAUCGAGUGAAUUAAUGUUUUUUGUAAUUUAAGCUUUAUUAAUUUAAUUUUUAUACACUUGUUGAACGAGCUUAUAGCGAAACUCGUUGAUUAUCUUUAAUUUUAUUUCAUGUUUUGUACUAUAAUUUUUUCACUACCUAUAUUAUAUAUAAAUAUAUAUUGGUCAAAUUUAAGAUCAAAUUUUAUAUCGAUAGAAAUGAGGAUCAUUUUUAUUAAAAACUCCAAUUCGUUUAUCUCAUUCACAUUAUUGCUUAAACCCCAAUAAUUUCGUAUUAAUAAUUUCGAUUGCAAAAAGAAAAGCGAAACGAGCAAAAGGGAUCGUUCAACUAAAAAGUUUUCCUUUCGAAAAUGAAGAGAAAGAAGAGCGCCUCCCUUCGCACAUUAUUCCAUAAUUCCAAUAAUUCUGUACUUCUCUCGCUUCGUCCCGUCUCGCACGCCAAACUCUGGAACUCCCUUACCUCUGGCGAGAUAGAUAAGAAAGUUGAAGGAAAGGGGGCAGGCGAGGAGCGGAAGGUAGGAAAGGAGGGGAUGGGAACGGCGGCGGAGUGGGGGGGGCCCUGUUACGCAGGAGGCGGAAGUGGGAGGGGGUGAGGACGAGCAGCGCGAUCGAGAUCGUGAGUAGGUCACUGGGACGUGGCUCGUGGCCGAGGCGAGCGUGGCUCGCGCCUUCAGUCGGUCCCCGUCGGCCAACCUCGAACCAACUCUCAGCGGGCCCCGUCCUAUACGCGCGCGCGCGUACACGUAGCUCGCUCGACACGACACCACUUCCCAUCCGUUUUUCUUCUCUCCUCGCCUGCCGGGAACGGAACAAGGGAAGAGAAGAGGAAGAAGGAGGGGGGAGAAAGGAGGGGAAGGAAGAGAGGCCCCGAUGACAAAGUCGGGGCGAGUUUCGUGGCAGUUUUUUCUUCGCUCGCGCGCGUGACGAGGGUGAACGGGGGGAAAGGAAGAAGGGAAAAGAAAGAGGAAAGGACUCUGCUGCCGGGGAAGGAACGAGUCCGCGGGAUAAGAGAGAGAGGAGACCCGGAGAGGACGAUGGAGAGGACGUGGCGGAAGUCGACUCUGAUCUUAUUGCUGCCUCUGCUUUUCGCCAGGGCGCGGUGCGAGGCGCCGCUGGUGGACAGCAGCGCCCUCCCGUUGGAGCACAGGUCGGUUUACGGGGCGGGCGGCGCGCAGUACGCGCACGGCGCGGAGGAGAACUGGCCGCUCGCCUCGCCCGACACUCCCCAGAUCAAGCACCUCCAAGUGCAGUGCGAGAAGACGCACAUGCGCGUGAACAUCGAGUUCGACAGGCCGUUCUACGGGAUGAUCUUCAGCAAGGGCUUCUACUCGGACCCCCACUGCGUCCACUUGAAGCCCGGCACGGGCCACCUGAGCGCCACCUUCGAGAUAUUCCUCAACUCGUGCGGGAUGAGCUCCUCGGCCAAUCACAACGUGGCCGCUUACGGGGCGCCCACUCCCUCGGGCAGCUACGUCGAGAACACGAUCAUCGUCCAGUACGACCCGUACGUGCAGGAGGUGUGGGACCAGGCCAGGAAGCUGAGGUGCACCUGGUACGACUUCUACGAGAAGGCGGUCACGUUCAGGCCGUUCCAGGUCGACAUGCUGCACGCGGUCACCGCCAACUUCCUCGGCGACAACCUGCAGUGCUGGAUGCAGAUACAGGUGGGCAAGGGGCCCUGGGCUAGCGAGGUCUCGGGCAUAGUGAAGAUAGGCCAGACCAUGACCAUGGUGCUGGCCAUCAAGGACGACGAGAACAAGUUCGACAUGCUGGUGAGGAACUGCGUCGCCCACGACGGCAAGAGGGCGCCCAUCCAACUGGUCGACCAGUACGGCUGCGUCGUCAGGCCCAAGAUCAUGUCCAGGUUCCAGAAGAUAAAGAACUUCGGCCCGAGCGCCUCGGUCGUCAGCUUCGCCUACUUCCAAGCCUUCAAGUUCCCCGACAGCAUGAACGUCCACUUCCAGUGCGUGAUCCAGGUCUGCCGCUACAACUGCCCCGAGCCCAAGUGCGGCCACCCGGGCCUCGAGUACGGCGCGCCCGCCGCGCCGGGCCUCGCCCACGACUACGCCGCCCCGCCCGUCCACCAGAGCCUGGGCCCCGAGUACGGGGCCCCGCCCGUCCCCGAGUACGGCGUGCCGCCCGCCUUCGCCGACCCUCGCCACCCCAGCGGCCCGGCCGGCGCCUACAGCGAGCAGAACGCGGACGUGGUGCCGGCGCCGCAGGCGCAGACCUCGUCCUCGUCGCCGAGCUCGACGCCGGGCGACGCGACCGCGAGCAGCCCCCCCCAGAGCCCGCAGCAGCAGGACGCCAUCCACCUCCCGCCGCCGCCCCUCCCCGGCCACCCGGCCGCCGCCUACCAGACCGUGAAGAGGAAGGGGAGCGCCGCUUCCGAGGAGCUGGAGGGCAACUUGGCAACGCUGGGCGGCCGGCCUAGGUCGGUCGAGGGGUUCCCGGCCGAGCUGAGGGGAGCCAGGAGGCGAAGAUCCGUCGACGGCCUGCCCGAGCCCAUGGAGCGGACGAUCGUGAGCCUGGUGAAGGUCGGGCGCGUGUACAAGAGGGCGGCGCAAGAGAUGACGGACGUGAACACGUCGAGGACGAUCCAAGUGGUGGCGCCGGGCGACGUGAACUUCGCCCUGGGGACGACCAACUCGAGCAACGACACCACGGUCGUGAUACAGAACGCGGCCGCGUCCAGCGACCCCGAGACCAUCUGCAUGAGCUUGCCGGGCUUCGUGGGUGGCCUGGUCAUGCUGCUGCUCGUCGUGGUGGUCGCCUCCCUGGUCGCGGCCUUCCUCUUCGUCAGGGUGCGGGCCGUCGACCGGAAGAACAUGGUGGCGGGCGGCGGCUUCGUCCACCCGGCGUACGCGCCCGAGAACUGCCCCGUUUCCAACCCAGAGUUCGUCAAGGUGGCCAACUGAGAGAUCGUAUGGUCGGGUUAAUAUGGACGUUUCAACAGGAUCUCGAGGACACGCUGCAUACGUGUAUAUAUAUAUGUGUAUAUACGUAUAUGCAUAUAUAUACAUGCGAUGGAAACAAUCACAGACCCGACACGCAAACGUUCUCUCCGUUUCUUCUUCCCCUCCUCCCAAUUUCCCACUUUGCUCCUUCCCCCACUCCCCAUCCACUUGCUCGAAGAACGGAUGGAACAAAACGGGUAAUAAAAGGAAACGUGUAAAUAAGCGUUACGCUUAGGAAGAGAAAAGCGAGAAAAGAGAGGGAAAAGAAAAGGAAAAGGGGAAUAAGGUUGAUCGCCUCGGAACAGUCUCGAAGGGCAUUGUAAAUAAGUCGGAAGUGGUAGGACGCCCUACUCGAUUAUUUAUAUACAUAUCUACACACACACAUAUACACACACGCGCAGACACACACACGUUCGUAUACUUAUUAUACGAGAAGGGUAUUUAUCCUUGUAUUUUCUUCUCAAAACUUCGUUUCGUACCUCAAUCUCGUUUAGCGAGCCACGGGUUCUCCUCUCGUCGACUAUUGUUGGAACCCGUGACGAUUAUUAUUAUUAUUAUUAUUAUUAUUACUAUUCCAUUACUACUACUACUACUACUAUUACUAUUAUUAUUAUUAUUACUAUUAUUAUUAUUACUAUUAUUAUUAUUUAUUUGUUUCUCUAACUAAGCGCCCUUUCUCACGAUCGAAUCCGACUAACCUAAUUUAUUCGAAAUCGAAAUUGUUUCGUCUCUAUCCCUAUCUCCCUCCUCCUAUUUAAUUAUUUAAGAUAUUCGAUAUUUUAAGUAUUCCCCUUCUAGAUGACACGUGGGGGAUAACGUGUUUCGAGUAUGUGCUUGAGCGCAUGCGCAUACACACACAUCACACACAUACACACACACGCAUACACGAGCACGACACGAAUGGAUAUAAUUGGACGAUGCGAUCGCGAUACGCGCAUGCGCGGGCGAGUUGUACGCGCAUGCGACGAGACGCGAGGAAAAGCGUUUUUUUACACCGAGGCAACGAUUCUGAUUUUUACUUCAUGAUUAUUUCAAUUACAUACUCGUUUUUAUUUAUAUAAA